GAGCGCGACAACAUGGUUAAGAAUCUGUACUUUUUACUCCCAUAAGCCCGUAUAGUAUAUAAUCACACAUCAAGUAUAUAUCAACUUUAUUUUACGCUCGAGUCGUGUCAGUCACUCAGUCGUCCUCACAACAGGCCGUGGGCAACAGAUCGUUAAUAGAUUUUCUUAAAAUAAUUAAAAUAAAUAACAAAAUUUAAUAUAAAAAAAUAAAUCUUAUUUUCACGACUCGUUAUUUAUCGUAAUUAAAAAUAAAAAAAUAUAUUUAUCGUGUUGUAUGUAAUUGUUUCUUCAUAUUAUUUUCAACAAUGUCUUUCCGAGUUGUCUAAAUAUAAUAAUUAUUAGUUAGUAUAUUUUGUGCGAAUUAAACAACACAAGACCACCGUCGAGGAUAUCAAGAUUAAAUCGCACUUGUUGACGGUGCUCUUUUCUUUCUAACGAACAAAGAAACAACUGAAAUGCCGAGUCUUCAUCAGCAGCUGGCCAUGUCCUUCGAGGCUGAAAAUAACAAUGCAACCGAUGGAUUACGAGGAUCCGAGUCGUCGUGCGAGCCACCGCAAAAGCACCAAUUGCAACAUGAUCAGUACGAUCGUGAGUACCUGCAGCCACAGCAGCUCCAACGUGACUACGAGGGGCUUCAACUUCCUCAAGUAGACUUCCAACGUCAGCACGACGUUCAGAUACGAGAAUACGAAAGAGAGCAGAGCUCAAUUUACCAAAUUCGUGCCCCUCAGAGAGAGUCGUUAUUCCAGCGGCGUGAACGUGAACGAGACUCGUUUCAAUUGCAUCACCAGCCGGAGAGAUCUGAAUCACGGAUCGAUCAGUACCGGGAUAAGCUUCACCAACCGCUCAAAACUCUGGGAAGUCUUUUGCUGGAUGUACCAACUCCCACGGUACCCUUUCAUCCUCACAAAGACACCUCUUAUGAUCAGACUGACUCGAAUCUUGAAGAAGACAUGUCUAUUUCCGACUUGUUUGGACUCGGAUUACCCAGAGGAUCGUUGAUGGGCAGCCAAUCGUCAAUAAACUCACCGGGAUAUCGACAUCACCAGCAACAGCAAACUCAAAAUCAUGGACAGAGUAAUGUCUCACGGCCUUAUAAUAAAUAUCAGAAUUUCGAGGAAGAUCGUGGAUAUUUUACAUCAUCACCGAGUAUCGACAUGCCAGGGACACCAAAUUCAGUGGCGACUCCUGGGAGUCCAGGUACUCCAAGCAGUCUGUACUCGAGUGCUUACAGUUAUUCAACAAGUGGUACCGGCAGUUCGCAGUUGACAUCAUCGCCUGCGUCAGCUCGAUCGGGCUACCAGUCCUAUGUAGGCUCCCCUACGUCGUCAAUUAACUCGCCGCCUUACUACGGAAGACCUAUUCGUGGAUCUUCACCGUACAGCGACUGUAGUAGUCCUUCGAUGGAGUACCCACCUGUAAUCAGCUGCAAUGGAUCACGAUCUACCUCGCCGUCAGACUCAGAUCUCAGCGGUAUUAACAGUAUGGAAGGCUCGCUGUCAGACAUAAUGGCUUGUUUGUCAUUAAAUUCACCUGUCACACACUCGUGUCACUCACACGGCUCAGCUAACUCUGACUUCGCUGAUAUUUGUCCGAAUAACCGCGCUGCUGCUCUCCAAUGCAUGGCCAUGAAGAAGUAUCUUGCUUCUACGCAUCAUGACCAGUCGUUCCGUCAUCACCACUGCUGCAAUAGCAAUGGCAACCACAUGAUGCCCGUCAGUUCUUCCGGUGGACUCAACGAGCCGUACAUUUCUUUGGAUCGCGCUGCCAGAAUACACCGCAGCGCUGCUUCCCUUCACAAAGCGACCCACACUUGGAGUGGCACUCUUCCAGCGCGUACGUUGAAGCCCACUGGGUUCUCAUCGAAAGUUUUCCUCGGCGGGCUACCUUGGGACGUCACCGAGUCCACUUUGAUCGCGACGUUUAAGCACAUCGGUCCGAUAAAAGUCGAGUGGCCGAAAAAAGAUCAUCCCAAUGCACCUGACCCUAAAGGAUUUGGCUACAUUAUUUUUGAGUCGGAGAAAGAAGUUAGAACUCUGCUGUCCUGCUGUGUCCCUUGUUUUAACAACAAGAAUCGGUUACUUUAUAAAGUAUCCUCGAAGCGUAUCAAAGGCAAAGAUGUCCAGGUAAUUCCGUGGGCUCUGAAUGACAGCAACUACUCGAAAUCGUCCUCUCAGAAGUUGGAUCCGGGGAAAACUGUAUUUGUUGGUGCGCUUCAUGGUAUGGUAACUGCUGAAGGUCUUGCCAAUAUAAUGAACGACUUGUUUGAUGAAGUUAUCUAUGUUGGUAUCGACACGGAUAAACACAAGUAUCCAAUUGGAUCAGCUCGUCUUACGUUUAGUAGCAAACGUUCUUACAGAAAAGCCGUCGCUGCAGCUUUCAUUGAAAUAAAGACGGCUAAAUUUUCAAAAGUUGUUCAAAUUGAUCCGUAUCUUGAAGACUCUGUUUGCUCUGUAUGCUACGUGCAACAAGGACCUUACUUCUGUCGCGAACAGGUCUGCUUCAGAUACUUCUGCCGUAACUGCUGGCUCUGGCAGCACUCGAUGGAUCCGAUGCGUUUGCACAAACCCUUGACACGCAUCUCAAAGACAAAUCAAGUUGUAGGACUGACUCCCGGCUUCGGAAUGCCCCCAGCGUCUCGUACAUCUGGUUCCGUUAUUUAAAUUUUUUCGUAACGAAAAAAAAAAUUGCCCCCGCCGCUAGAAUCGUGUUUAAUCGUUAUCUAAUUAUAGUUAAUAGUGUCCUAAACACUUUGUUCGAUUAUACUUUUAUUUUUUUUUUUUUUUUCAACAGCUGUCAGACGGUAUCAAGUAUUUUGGUAGAUUUAACGAUAGUAUCUUUAUAAACAUAGUUAUAGUUGGGCAAUCGUGACGGAAAGAUUUAAAACUAUGAUAAUUAGUUUGAAUCAUGUUGAGUAGUUACUAUACAGUGCAUUUAAUAAUGCCGAUCAUAAAAAUGUUUUAUUAUUUAUUUAUCGUUUUUAAGAGACUGGAUCUCUUAUCAUUCGAAACUGUUUUUUUUCUUUUUUUUUUUUUGCGCCGCGGCAAAUAAAAUCACCAUCCGUUUAUUAUUAUAAUAUUUAAAAAUAAGUAGUAAUUAAUAAUUAAUGAUAGUAAUUUAAUAUUUAAAGGAUCAGGUUUAAAAAGUAUCGGUACUUAAUUGAUCAUUAAAUAAUCUAAUCUGGCUAAUAUUUGUGUACACUAAAAGUCACAUUAGUAAUUAGAUAAUGCCCAUUAAUAAUU